AUGUCCCAGCAACGCAGCUUGAUGGAUAUUAUUUACGUGUCUAGCGCCGCUGCGCUUGUGUAUUGGGUGCUCUUGGCCAUUUAUCGCGUGUAUCUAUCACCGCUCUCCCGAAUCCCAGGACCAAGGCUCGCCGCAUUAACAUACUGGUACGAGACUUACUAUGAAGUGUACAAAGGCGGGCAGUACUUUCGCAUGAUUGAUAACAUGCAUGGCAAGUAUGGCCCGAUCGUGCGCAUCACGCCGAACGAAGUCCACUUUGAAGAUCCGACAUUCAACGACGUGCUUUAUCCGAGCCUGGGAAAGCGAAAGAUUGACAGACCUGGACUGGAGCCCAUCCUGCAGGAUCAUAUGGAAAGAAUGCUAUUCCGGAUGCAAGAGUCUGGUACCCAGUGCGAAGUCGUUGAACUGCAUUACAUAUUCAAGGCCUGCGCGAGCGACAUCAUUACGCUUUAUGCCUUUGGCGAUUCUUUUCAUUUCUUAGAUCAGUCCGACUAUGGAGUGCCUUACUUUCGGGCAGGGGAGGCAUUCAACAGCAUGACGCACGUCUUUGGCGCUUUUCCGUGGCUCCUCACCGUCGCAUCAUCGGCGCCUGGAUGGCUGUUAAAGUACCUAAAUCCAGACAUGGCCGAGUUUGUGGACCGCAGAGAGUGGUGGAUAGAGAAGGUCCGAGACAUUAGAAAUUCCAAAGCUCCGGAGCGAGCGAAGAACACCAUUUUCGGAGGCAUACUCGACAGUUCCCUGCCACCGGAAGACAAGACGGACAUGAGAUUGGCAAACGAGGCCCAGUUGGUCGUGUUCGCCGGUGAAGGCACAACUGCAAUCUUUCAUCUUUUGUCAAAGCCCGGCAUUCUACAAAAGAUGAAGGAAGAGCUUGCCGCCGUGGUGAGUGACGGGCGUGAAGUUCCAACAUUCCAACAGAUGGACAAACUUCGAUACAUGAAUGCCAUCAUCAACGAAGCCAUCCGCUUACACCCUGGAGCGAUGCAUCGGCAAGUACGCGUUUGCCCAAAUGACGCCAUCGUAUAUGUGGACAAGGAACGAGGAGCCGAGUACGUCGUGCCACCAGGCACGGUCUACGGUACAUCACCUCUGACGAGCCACAUGAACGAGAGCGUCUUCAAAGACCCGUACGAGUUUAUCCCUGAGCGGUGGAUUGAUAAUCCCGAAAUUUCAAAAGCCUUUAUGGGGUUUUCCCGAGGGACGAGAGGAUGCGUAGGAAUAACACUUGCCCGGCGUGAGUUAAGCACUACUUUGGCCACGAUCUUCUUAAAAUACGACUUGUAUCAGGGUCAACAGGGCCCGACUCUGGAGCUUUACGACACAAUCCGCGCGAGGGACAUUGACGCCGCCAGGGACUACAUCUCACCGCUGCCUACCAAGGGAAGCUUUGGACUGCGAGUGAGGAUCCGCAACUAG